UCUCCACUCGUCAUCUUCGUUUUCUCCGUCUCACACUGUUCUUCCAUUUGCUUCUGCAACUUCCGUCGUUGUCGUCGUCCAGAUCUUGUAUCAUCUCAGAUCAGUGAAAGCUACUGGACAUGGGUUUGCAGGAGGAAUUUGAGGAAUAUGCCGCGAAAGCUAAGCAGCUUCCAGAGAACACAUCGAACGAGAACAUGCUCAUCCUUUACGGACUCUACAAGCAAGCCACUGUCGGACCAGUGAACACCAGUCGUCCGGGAAUUUUCAACAUGAAGGAUAGGGCCAAGUGGGAUGCCUGGAAGGCCGUUGAAGGGAAAUCAAAGGAAGAAGCAAUGAGUGACUACAUUACCAAGGUGAAGCAACUCCAAGAGGAAGCUUCGGCUUCAACCUGAUCCAUGCGUCGUCACCAUCAUCAUCAGUCCACUAUGAUAUAUACAUAAAAGGGGGAGAAGAGCUCCGUACGUAUGAGAACACUUACUCUAAUAACACCCCAAUAAACUAUGACAAUUCGUAGUUCUCUCAGUAAUUUCAUGAAUCAUGAUGCUCUUUUGUGUUAAUUGUUUUAAGAAAUAUUUACUCAAGUGAUUAUCGUAAUUUUAUCCUUAAUUCCAUACU